CAGUGCUCCUUAGCAACACAUCCAGAUUUCUCUUUACUCACCAUGAAGGCCACAGUCAUUGCAACCUUCUUUGGUGUGUUUCUUACAUGUACCUACGCAGCCAAGGAAGCCACAAAGAAGACAAAAAAGGCUAAGCUAUAUGUACCCCAGAUUGAUUGUGAUGUCAAGGCGGGGAAGAUAAUCAAUCCAGAAUUCAUUGCAAAAUGCCCUCCUGGAUGUCAAGAUGUAAAAUACCGUGUUUAUGGCACAGACAUUUAUGCUUCUUUUUCCAGUGUCUGCAGUGCUGCAAUUCACAGUGGUAUAAUUGACAACACAGGUGGGAAGAUUCUUGUCCAGAAGGUCGCCGGGCACUCUGGCUACCGCGGGAGCUUCUCCAAUGGUGUGCGGUCGCUGUCUCUGCCCCGCUGGAGGGAAUCCUUCCUCGUGUCAGAGGGCAAGCCAAGAAAAGGUGUGACAUAUCCAUCAACUCUUGAAUAUUCUUCUUCAAAAAGUACACCUGUUAAAUCAGAGCCUAAAAAAACAGAGCAAGACCUAAAAGGUACGAAGAGUGCAGACACGACUAACACAUCAGAAAAAGCUUCAGAUCAAGGGGACACGGCCCGCAAAGAGCACCAGACAACUCCAGCACCGACCCCAGCCACACAAAUGGCCACCACAACGCCCACCCCGACAACCACGACGACAGAUCCUUCCACCACAGUGCCAUGGCCAAACACCACACCUGCAGCCACCAGAACCACAGCAGCUCCAGCCAAGACUAGACCUGCACUGCACAGGGUCAGAGAUAUGGGUUCUAGCAAUGUCCACCCAGCGUAUGCAUCUGUGGUAGCUGCAGCAGCAAGACAGGUUCAGGUCGCACAAGGAAGAGGACAAAACACAGCAUUCAGGGGCACUUCCACCUCUGCAAGUAUCAGGAAUAUUUUACGACAUGAUACAGGUGCUCAGCGCCAAGAGCCUGCUGCCACCUUCCAGAGGGCUGCCAGCUCUCCAGUCCACCUGGCAAUGGAAAUAGACUCAUGGAAACCUGGACUGAGCCUUUUUGACACAGGCUUCAGUUCAAAGGAAGAAUUGAAUCCAAAGCCGCUGGAAUCCAUCUCCCAGGGGAAUCAGAACUGCAAGGUCGAUUUGUCCUUCUUAAUGGAUGGGAGCUGGAGCAUUGGCAAACGCCGCUUUCAGCUGCAGAAGCGGUUCCUCAGUAACGUGGCUCAAGCCCUCGGCAUCGGCAGCGCUGGUCCUCUGAUGGGCAUCGUUCAGUACGGUGAUGACCCUUCCACAGAAUUUUACUUAAAAACCUAUGCCAACUCCAAGGAUCUAAGGAAUGCCAUUGAGAAAAUUCAACAGAAAGGGGGACUUUCCAAUGUUGGGAAGGCACUUUCCUUUGUUAACAAAAACUUCUUUUUGGAUGCUAAUGGAAACCGAGGUGGAGCACCUAACGUGGUUGUAGUGAUUGUGGAUGGCUGGCCCACCGACCGAGUGGAAGAGGCCUCCAGGCUGGCCAGAGAAUCGGGGAUCAACAUUUUCUUUGUCACCGUUGAAGCAGCUGCUCAAAGUGAAAAGCAGAAUGUUGUUGAACCAAACUUUGUGGACAAGGCGGUGUGCAGGACAAGCGGUUUCUACUCCAUCAACGUGCCCAGCUGGUUCAGCCUCCACAAGGCGGUGCAGCCCCUGGUGAAGCGGGUGUGCGACACCGACCGGCUGGCCUGCAGCAAGACCUGCCUCAACGCCGCCGACAUCGGCUUCGUCAUCGACGGCUCCAGCAGCGUCGGCACCGGCAACUUCCGCACGGUGCUGCAGUUCGUGGCCAACAUCAGCAAGGAGUUCGAGAUCUCGGACACCGACACGCGCAUCGGCGCCGUGCAGUACACCUACGAGCAGAGGCUGGAGUUCAGCUUUGACAAGUACAGCACGAAGCAGGACGUGCUGAACGCCAUCAAAAGGAUCAGUUACUGGAGUGGGGGCACCAGCACGGGAGCAGCCAUCAGCUACGCCUCAGAGCAGCUGUUCAGCAAGUCCAAACCCAACAAGAGGAAGAUCAUGAUUCUCAUCACAGAUGGCAGGUCUUACGAUGAUGUCAGCCUGCCAGCCAUGGCAGCUCACCAAAACGGAGUCAUUGCUUAUUCCAUUGGAGUUGCUUGGGCAGCCCCAGAUGAACUGGAAGCCAUUGCAUCAGACCCUGCUAAGGAGCAUUCCUUCUUUGUGGAUGAAUUUGACAACCUCUACCGCUAUGUUAAUAAGCUCAUCCAAAACAUUUGCACAGAGUUUAAUUCCCAGCCACGGAACUGAUGGACUCAAGCA